AUGUGUGUAAAAUAAUCUUUAAUGUUUAGUCUAUAACUAUACUAUUAAACUUAAAAGUACAUUGUUUGUACAGUUAAAAAAAAUAUGGAUUUUAUGGAUAUGAAAAAGUUGAGUGAAAUACUUAAUCCAAAAGUGGAUUCUUCUGAUAGCGAGGAUGAUCUUCCUAGAACAUCAUUAAUUCAACUAUGCAAAUCUAAAAGCGGUAAAGACGUGAAAAUAGUAACUAAAGAAAGUAUGAAAAACGAUCAAGUAAAUAAAUCGGAAAAAAUAGUUGAGCUACAAACCGAAGAAGAGAUAGCUAAAGAAAUAUGGCAUGAAGAAGAUAUCGUUGCUGUUCCCGAAGCUCUGGACGUUAAGGCUGAUACCAGGUCUAGACCGGAAUACGAGGUCAAAUAUAAGCAGUACGUCGGAACCGAAGACACAAUUUUCGGGAUGGGUCCUAAGACUCCAUUAACUUCGAGUUGUGAAGCGAUGGUCAUUGAUAUUAAGCUACCGGGUGAACAAUUAUCUGAUAUUUGUACAGAUGUAAAAGAGGACUCGGUAGACGUGCGCAGUCCUAAGUACAGGUUACACGUACCGUUUCCGCAUGGAGUUGACAAGCAAAUGUCAAAGGCUUCGUGGAACUCGACUACUAGUACACUUACGAUCACCGUAUUUCUAAAUCGAGAAUUGGAUUUUGUUAAUUUCUAAGUCAAUUUUAUUUUGCAUGUUUUUUUUUUGUUGCGAAUAAAUAAUUUAAUCUAAUCUUAAUCGGGGUAUUCAUAACUAUUAAAUAGGUAG